AUGUUUUAAAAAAUAAAAUAAAUAUAAUAAGGAAUAAAAUUUAUUGUAUAUGAUUACUAUAAACUAAUAAAGACUAUUGGAAGUGGAGCUUAUGGAGUAGUAUGUAGUGCUAUAGAUUAAAGAACUGGAUAAAAAGUAGCCAUAAAAAAAAUUUAAGAUACUUUUAAAGACCCUAUAGAUGCUAAAAGAGUAUUAAGGGAAAUUAAACUUUUGAACUUUUUUAAACACAAAAAUAUAAUCCAAAUUAUUGAUUUAGUAAGACCAGAUUUUUGUACAGGUUAUUAGGAUAUAUAUCUAAUUUUAGAAUUCAUGGAUACAGAUUUAUAAAAAAUAAUAUAUUCAGCAUAACAAAUAACACAAAAAAUGACAAAAUAUUUAAUGUGGUAGCUUUUAAAUGGCAUAUACUAUAUGCAUUCAGCAAAUGUAAUACAUAGAGAUUUAAAACCAAAUAAUAUUCUCUUAUAAAAAAAUUGUACUUUAAAAAUUGCAGAUUUAAAUUUAGCUAGAAAAUUUGAAAAUAUUGAAUAUAUAACAGACUAUGUUGUAACUAGAUGGUAUAGAGCACCUGAAAUAUUGAUUUCUAAUUAAAAUUAUACAUAAGCUAUAGAUAUAUGGUCUGCAGGUUGUAUUUUUGCAGAAAUAAUGGGAAAAUGCCCAAUUUUUGAAGGUAAAGAUUUUUUGAAUUAAUUAGAUAGAAUUAUAGCUAUUUUAGGAACUCCAGAUUUAACUAAACUUUCAUAUUAAGUUUAAGAAUAUUCUGCUAAGUAUAUAACGCAAUUAUAAUUUAAAAAGCCUGAAAGUUUUUUCGAAAUAUUUAAAAAUUAAGAUCCUUUAGCAAUAGAUUUGUUAUGUAAAAUGUUAGUUUUUGAUUUCUAAGAUAGAUGGACUGCUGAAUAAUGCUUAUAUCAUGAAUAUUUUAGUGAAUAUGAUAAAUCUUAAAUUAUUAAAUGUGAAGAUGUAUUUGAUUGGAAAUUCGAUGAAAUCUUACCUAAAGUUAAUCUUAUUGAAAAAGCUAUUUAUGAUGAAGGAUGUAAAUUUCAUCCUUUUGAAGAAGAUGCAACUGAAUAAGAAUUUUAAUAGUUUUUUUAAUAAUAAUUAAAAUAAGGUAAAAAUGAAUAAGAUAAUAGUUAAGAAAAUAGAUAGAAAAUUAUUAGUUUUGGAAUGGAUAUUGAAAAUGAAAAUUGA